GGAUUCCCUGUUGUUUUGAUCAACGGCGUCGUGUCCAAAUGGUGGGAGUUUGUUCGACCGACCGCCCUCAACAGUGCAGGGUAUACGUGGUUUCCAGACUACAGCUGGGACUCGGAGCCUAUGAUCUGCGGCUGGGGCGCAACAAAGACCGGCAACCAGACUGGCACCGCCAAGAUCGAGGCGGGCUCUGUCAUCGGGUUCCGCGCAUUCGCCGCCAGCUACAAGCCGGGGUAUGUCCCCGUGCGAGAGUUUGAUCCCGCCAUGGAUGGCAUUGGUCAUCUUGGCCCAGGCCAGGCCUAUAUGUCCAAAGCACCCGGAGCAAUUGAAGAUUAUGAGGGCGACGGAGACUGGUUCAAGAUUGGAACCAGUGGCGCAUCCGAUGGGAUGCAUUGGGACUCAGAUCGUCAGCCUGAGAUGAACUUUACUAUCCCUGCAUCUACACCACCCGGACUAUAUCUCGUGAGGGUCGAGCAUUUUAACAUCUCUCCUUACUUUAACCAGACACAGAUGUUCGUAAACUGUGCUCAGGUAGAGGUGACGGGAUCCGGCGACGGUACACCCGGGCCGACUGUUAAGCUCCCUGGAUAUGAUCCUGCUGAUCCGGGAAUUUGGCUGCCACAAGCCAUGUAUAACCCCUACAAGCCGUCAGAUCUCCUAAAGGCUUACAAAGGUCCAGGGCCAGAUAUUUGGACAGGC